GUCCUACUCCUACUACGUCGAAGUGGCCCUCUGCAAGGACGGCACCUGGCACCGGGUAGUGGACUACAGCAACUACGCCUGUCGUUCCUGGCAGACACUGUACUUUCCGGCGCGUGUCAUUCGUCUGAUUCGCAUCGUAGGCACUCGAAGCUCCGUCAGUCAGUACUUCCAUCUGGUCACCUUCCAAUGUUUCUACACACGGGAGCAGUUUAAAGUACACAAUGAUCUCCU